AUGAAUAUCCACGUGACCGGACAAUUUCGAAUAUUACAGUAUAGACUGUCAAAGCUGUACGAGGAGAAGAUGUUACAAACGGACGACCACACGCCCGACAAGAUUCUGCUGCAGUACACGACGAAGUGUUACGCCGCGUUGCAGAGUUGCAUUCGACAGCACCAGGCGUUGAUCACGUACUGCAACGUGCUCGAAGUUGUGUUCUCGAAGAUCGUAUUGGGACAAGUGUUAACAUUCAGCGCUUUGAUAUGCCUUCAAGGUUACCAACUUCUGCUGUCAGAUGCGCACCUUUCAAGGCGUCUACUUUUCAUGUGCUUCCUAACAACUACCAUGUGCCAGCUGUUGAUGUUCACGUACAGCUGCGACGGGCUGGUUCAAGAAAGCUCCGGUAUAGGCACAGCGGCAUACAUUAGUCCAUGGCCAUUGUUACCAAUGUCGAGACAAGGGCAUAAGUUACGGGACGAUCUAAGAAUGGUCGUUAUACGAUCCAGAACACCAUGUUGCUUGACCGCCAGUGGUUUCUUUCCGAUAUCAUUGGAAACUUAUACCACGGUUCUAAGUACAGCGAUGUCGUACUUCACGCUGCUGAGACAAAGUACGAUUUCAUAG